AUGAGUGGCCCAACAAGCGAUAUCUAUACCAAGUUGCACAGCGAGUUGGGUGGUGAAUUCCGGAAGGUUGUGCUGAUGUCUUUCCGAGACAAGGCCCACAUCAACGCUCUAGCGCUCUUCAAUGCCAUGGCGGGAGCCGGCACCAAGGAUCGCGUUGUUGUGCAGACCAUCUGCGCGUGCGACAAUAAGGAAAUUGAAGACCUGAAGAAGGCCUACGAAGACAGUAAGUCGAUAUUUGCACAUAUGCCCGUCUGUGAGAAGGGUGCAUGCAGCGCCCUUGUGUUUGGCCAACGCGAAGCGAAUACAGCCAAAGCAACCGUGGUCGCUGAUUGCGAGGCCCUUUAUGCCGCUGGCGAGGGAACGUCAGGAACUGAUGAGUCGGUGUUUGUGCGAAUCUUGGCCAACAGGAGCCAUCGUCACAUCCGCGAAAUGAACAAAGAUUACUCUGCCGCCACGGGACACGAUCUACUGAAGGCAAUUAAAAAAGAAACUUCGGGCAACUUUAAGGACGCUCUCGAGAUCGUCGGUAAGUUCAGGAUAACCUCUUGUUGCUUGUCGUAG